CUCACUGCAGCUCCAAUCGAAAGUCGGUCAUGCCGGCUGUGUGGGUGUGGAUGCUCUGGGCGGUCAUGAAUCUGACACUCGGUGAGUCCAUUGGUGACCAGGCGGAUAAUGAGGUGUCGCAACAAAUUCCAGAAUACUACAGAAGGGCCCAGCCGAAGUCCCGCAGAUCUUCAUGUAAAAAAUGCUAUCCCUAUUUGUACCCUAAAGACAAAUACUACGUGCUGCCUAAGAGAACGGCAGAAAAAAGGCGUCAUAACGUCGUCUUUCUUGUAAAAGACCUUAAAACGGGAAGACCAGUCAAAGUGGCCUUUAGAAAUGGCCUUAAAAACAGUAGAAAUGUUCGUGUUCUAAAGGCUUUUAAUAACAACAAAAACCCAUGCAGUGCAAAACGUGGCAGAUGUGUAUAUCGCCUGUUCAACCGAAAAACUUUUCGUACGUACAAAGCGGACUUCAGGACGGGCAAAAGGAAUGGAAGGCGCGUUUCUGUAUUGAAGCUAAUCCCCUAACCACAGACCUGAAAUAAAAUAUUUAGAAUUUAACAAAAAUUAGCAACUAUUAAUUCAAUUAUUAUUUCAGAAGGCUGUCCUGACUUGAAAAGGCUACAAAUACUUUGUGUCACAUUUUCGAAAAUAAAAGACGUAAGA